AUGGAUAUACAGGUACCGUUCAAAGAGGUCUCUGAGGAGGUGGUGCGGGAGUCUCUCAUCGCCAUAUCGUAUUCUACACCGGACAAAGCUCUGAACACCUUGUAUGCUGAGACUGAAGCUUUGAGCAGCAGCAGCAACAAAGAUGGAGGUGCAGUGGAUAUGAGCAACAGCGGAGUGGUCGAAAUGUACAUGUCGGAACUGAUCUCUAUUUCCAACUACCAGGCACCGGAAUGUCCAGCAUCUUCUCCCAGAAUGUGGACAUGA